AUGGAAUGCUUUAAUCUUUCGUUUAAGUCAAAAUUUUAUGGAACAUACAAUCGUGUGGAUCAAAACUGCGCAUUUGCUAAUUCUAGUUCAAAUAUUCUGAUUAAGUCGACAAAACUUUCGACGUAUUUAUGUGUUUGGCCAGAAAUUGUUUAUAUCAAAAGCCAUUUUCUUCUUCUAUUGAUGGACACCCUAAAUGGGUCAGUUAUUGGCGCUGCUGAAUCGGCGUUAAGUGUAUAUCGAUGGAACUCCGUAAGUCCAUCAGCUUUGUCAGAAACAGACGAAGACGACGGCUUCUGUAGGCCAAUAAAGACCGAAGAACGCUACGAUUUAGACGACGAUUUUGCUUAUGCACCGGUGACACCAGAGUCAUCAGAAUCAGUGAUUAAAGAAGCACCAGGUUCAAAUAGUCCAAUUACUACAACGAUUCCAUUGGCUUCGUGUGAAACUGCAGCAGCGUCACUUUCAUCAGCAUUUUGCAAACGAUCAAAUGCAUUUGGAAAACCGGUUAGACAAGUCAAAACUUUCACUUUAAAAGAAUGCACUAGAUUUUCAGAGGCUAAUCAAACAUCGUAUAGCCCAAAUCCUAGUACAUUCCUCUCAAUGUCACCAAAUGGAUGUGCCCUGACAGAAGAAGUUUUGUUUACCAAUUCAUCGCCGAAUUCAGCCACAGUAAACAUCACAAGCGGUGGAGGCUAUAAUGACGCUGCACAAAUGGAUUUGUAUCGUGAUCUAAUUCUUAAACACCUGAUACAGGAUAUCAGUACAACAUGUUCAAAGCUCGGUUUACCAACCAAUCCAUACAAUUGGACCGCUGAACAUAGUGGUCGAUGGUUGUCAGAUAUGUGUAUGCAAUUUCAACUACCACCGCCAAGGCAACUGUUUCUAUCCGGUCGUGCCUUACUGUCAAUGUCAGCAGAAGAAUUUUUGGCUCGAGCACCAGAAGGUGGUGAUACACUACACGCACAGCUGCAACUGUGGAAGACUGAUAACUACAAUACCAACCAUCAAGAGCACGGAUUAGCAAAUCGGCGAUCUCAGCAACCAUUCUUCUCUACAACUCGUACUCAUAAUACAGAAAUGCUGCAUAGUCCUAGUGACUCGGAAGUUUCUUCGACAGCUUCUACUGAUGCAACUGAACGGCCAAUCGAAAAUCGUGCACCUGCAACUGCUCCACAGUUUCCACGUCAUUCCGGUACUGUUCAUUUGUGGCAUUUUAUUCGUGAACUUCUUGACCAGCCUAAACAGUACAGUUCUUGCGUCAGAUGGGUUGACAGAGAAGAAGGUACCUUUAAAAUUGAAUCUUCACAUCAUCUGGCACGUUUUUGGGGGCAACGAAAAAAUCGAGCACAAAUGAAUUACGAUAAGCUGUCACGCUCAUUGCGGCAAUAUUACAAAAAAGGUAUCAUACAGAAGCCAGAGAAAAAGCAGCGUUUAGUCUACAAAUUUUUGCCUCCCUACAACUUGUAA